AUGACCAGCCACCGCCGACCCGCUGGGAGAGUCUCCGUCGACAUCCGCUGCGUCAGUAGCCCGCCGACCGUCGACACAUCUUACAAGACUAAUGUCCCGCGCAAUGCUAACAUGGCCAAACUCCAAGCAGGAUAUUUGUUUCCUGAGAUUGCCAGGAGAAGAGCAGCUCAUUUGCUGAAGUAUCCAGAUGCCAAGAUUAUAAGCCUUGGGAUAGGUGACACCACCGAGCCCAUUCCAAAUGUCAUAACAAAUGCCAUGGCAGAGAGAGCACAUGCCUUGUCAACAAUUGAUGGCUACAGCGGUUAUGGAGCUGAGCAAGGUGAAAAGAAAGUCAGAGCAGCAAUUGCUGCAACCUACUAUGCGGACCUUGGCAUUGAAGAUUCAGACAUAUUUGUCUCUGAUGGUGCCAAAUGUGACAUAUCUCGCUUGCAGGUCCUUUUUGGAUCUAAUGUGAUAAUUGCGGUCCAAGAUCCAUCGGACCCUAAGUAUGGAAACAUUGAAUACAUGAGAUGCAGUCCAGAAAAUGGAUUUUUUCCUGAUCUUUCAACUGUCCCUCGGACAGAUAUUAUUUUCUUUUGUUCACCGAACAAUCCUACUGGUGCUGCCGCAUCUCGGGACCAACUAAACAAAUUAGUAAAAUUUGCAAAGGACAAUGGGUCCAUCAUAGUCCAUGAUUCUGCUUAUGCAAUGUACAUAUCAGAUGACAGCCCAAAGUCUAUCUUUGAAAUUCCUGGAGCAAAGGAGGUUGCUAUUGAGACAGCGUCAUUCUCGAAAUAUGCUGGGUUCACUGGUGUCCGUCUAGGUUGGACUGUUGUCCCCAAGGAGCUCCUUUUCUCUGAUGGACAUCCAGUUGCUAAAGAUUUCAAUCGCAUAGUCUGCACUUGCUUCAAUGGUGCAUCAAACAUUGCACAAGCUGGUGGUUUAGCUUGCCUCUCUCCAGAGGGUCUAAAGGCUAUGCAUGAUGUUGUUGGCUUCUACAAGGAGAACACUGAAAUAAUUGUUGACACAUUUACAUCACUUGGAUUCAACGUGUAUGGUGCCAAGAACGCUCCUUACCUAUGGGUGCACUUCCCUGGCCGCAAUUCUUGGGAUUUGUUCGCCGAGAUCCUGGAGAAGGCAAAUGUGGUCACUACUCCUGGCAGUGGAUUUGGACCGGGCGGCGAAGGCUUUAUGUGUGCAGAAAGAUACACAGCUACUGAAGAUUUGCUGAAGCUUUCUGGUCGGCUUCAGUUAAUAAUGGCUCAGGUCAACAAGGCUGCUAGUAACGUGUGUGAGCCGACGUCAGAGGAGAUGCAGGAUGCUGCUUUCCAGUCUGACGAAGAGGAGGAUGAAGACGUUGAUGAAACAGUGUUUGAUCAAGAUUCAGAUUCGUCACAAAAUAGCGACCACGAUGACGAUGAUGCUAAGUAG